CAUCCUACGGUUCUGCCUUGAUUUCCAAACAACACCAGCCAUGGUGAAGAAGAUGCGGUGGUUUKUGAAGAUUCUCUUCUGCGCGUCCUGCCUGUUGUUCAUCGCCACGUCGACCUAUCUCCUCGUGCUCCACAGAGAUCCGACGUGGCCCGCCCACWUCCUGCCGAUCGGUGCCUACAGCGCCACCUACGGAGGAGGAACGGGCAAGAACCGGACCGCGCUCAACCUCUGGCAGAACCAACACCACAAUCCCUCGCCGGAAGGACCACCGGUGCUGCUAGCAGAAGCAACAGCAGAAGCAACAGCAACAGCAACAGCAGAAAAGGGAUCCAAGGAAAUCAUUCGCAACGGCAACGAACCCACCGAGGUGGUCCUUUCCAUCCAAAACCACCCGAAAGAGGAUGGUGGUCGGACAGAAGAAAGUCGAAACAAUGCGCCAGGGGGUUCCGUCGACGUGCCGAAGGAARUUCUCUCCCUUCCAAACCAAACACAGCAAGACGAAAAUCCUCCUCGAACGGAAGAAACUCRGCAAGACGACAAUGCGAUUCCAGCGGAAAAAACACAGCGAGACCGAAAACCUCCUCAAAACAAAGAAAAACAGCGUUUCUGGAGRUACGACGAUGCGGGGCCGGACAUUUUGCACGCCCGAACGCAUUUUCUGUCGUCGAUCCCAUCGAAGUACCGGAUCCUUUCGGACGAGGUCCUSACCGGCGAGCAAGACGACAAGGCGUUCAUCGACGACCUGCGCGACCGAUACGCCACGAAUCCGGACCACACCUGGCCCCGGAAGCUCCACCUCUACGAGACCAAUCCCUCCAUCGCGGUGCUGCCGGAACGCUACCGCAACCACCCUUCGUGGYUGUCCUUCUUUGGGAGCAGCGGCAAAGACAACAACCACAACGACAACAGCGAGCCACGAGGCGCGGGGUUUCCGCGGUACGUAGCUUCCUACCGGGUGACGCACUGGAACAACUGCCACGACGGAGAGACGAACCUGAAACUCUACGGCGGGUCGUGGGACGUGCCAAAAUCAGAGAUUGGCAAGACCGAUUACCUGGGGAUUGCGUUGCUGGACGCCGACAUGAACAUUCUCGUCGACACAACGGUCACGCUGAAAUCCGUCGCAACUACUGUGCGCGACAAGAAAAAUCUCUUUUCUAGCUACUCCGAUUACCGGUUGUUCAAUCUCGGCGAUGGUGGUGGAAACGAUGAYGGCGGCGGCAACAGCGACGACCACCACGACGAAUUGUACCUGACGUCGGAAAAAUUCAUUUCGCCGAUCGCUCUCCAAUUGCUGCCGGCAGCGUCKUCGUCGUCGUCUCUGUCGUUUCCAGCGGGGGACGAUUCCCRAAUUCCCGACAACUUUGUCGAAAUCACCACCGCCUUUCCGAUGGAUUCGGCCACCACCGAUCGCGGUCCGGUGUUGAAGGUCUGGACACGAGACUAUUCCGCUUGUCCCAUGGGUGCAUACGAACACACAGUGAGCAAGCAGAAGAAGGGCAACCCCACCAACAAAAACCUGCUAUAUUUCGGAAAGAGAGGCGACAACACGGCGAAGGCAUUGUUCUACCCGAGGCACAACCCCAACGACGUCCGCGACGUUCAUCUCAACAGGAACUGCAAAAAAAGGGACAACAAAAGGAUCAUAAGGGAAACAACGAUCGACUACAACACGCCGGCACCGAAAGACCAGCAACCCGUCCCGUCGUUUCAAACGAUCGAAGCCCUAAAGUAUCCCAACAAGGCCGAUAAAUUGUUUAUGAGCGACCGCGGAUCCGCGUGCUGUGUGAAGGUGAAAAAGGACCUGGUACGCCAGACGAUCGCCUCCGCCCCUGUAACGAACUCGACAUCGACAUCGAAAGCGGAUACAGGGACGCCCGGSAACGCAAACAACAGCGACGAACACGAUACCUUGCUGGUGGCAAUCGUUCAUCCGAAAACAAAGUUCCCGGGGAAACGAUUGCCACGGGGAGUAAACCCAAACACGUACCUGUCUCGAUUCAUCGCCUUUCUUCCGGAAGCACCGCACACCAUAGUAGCCCAGUCCGGGAUGUUUUGUUUGGGAUUUCCCUCCCGCGGCAUCGACGACGAGGAGCAGCAGCAGCAGCCAUCRCAUACCAYGGGACGAGACAACAACUCCGGAGGCGACGGCUACUACGAAAGUCCCCUGACGUAUAGAACCUUGUCGGACACGAUGAAUUUCGCCAACGAAACGCUCCGGUGCCCGAGAAUCCAUUUUAUUCUGAGCAUGAUCGACAAGGUGAAAGAAGACCCGUCGGAAGAGGACGCCGUGCUACUGUCCUACGGAGUCAGCGACUGCUUUUCUCGCGUCGUGGAAAUCAAGAAGUCCGAGAUCGUACGCAUGCUCUCGCCGUGAGGAAGGAAUCAAGCUGGUGGGRUUGAAAACUAUGUAACUUAUAAAAUCCUAAUGAGGCCUUUUCUAAACAAAGUUAUAAAAUCCUAUUGAGGCCAUAGAUUUAUAUCCACCGGAAUAACCCAUUAAUUAUUGA